UCAGACAAGAGUUGACCUCUUAACAAGACUUCACAACAAGAGUUGUUCAAACAAAGAGAUGAAGCCGUUUCCUUCCCUCCUGGCAUUGGGGUUGUGCCUAAUGUUCAGCCAGCCAGUCCUGUCUACAGAGGAAAGUUUGGGUGGCCCUUUCAUUCACAGUUCAGUGGAGGAGGCAAAGAGACUCGUAGAUGAAGCCUACAAGUACUCCCGUGAAAAGAGUCUGGAGAGAGUGCGUGGGCAGUCCACCAGGCCCUCAGAUGUCCUGCGUCUCCUGAAGCAGCCUGCUAGGGACACGCGCUCUGCUGUACGAUCUGCAGACUACCUGGAGAACACCCUGAGACUGAUCCAUGAGAAAGUCCACAGCACGCACAGGCUGCACAAACGCUCGCUCAACGCAACAGACCUGCUCACACCGGAGGAGCUAGACACCAUUGUCCGGGUAACUGGCUGUGCAGCUCGUGUCAGCAAACCCUCCUGCCGCAACACACCCAACAUGAACAAGUAUCGCACAGCCACCAGUGUCUGCAACAACCUGAAGUACCCUCGUCUUGGAGCCUCAAACACCCCCUUCACUCGUUGGCUGCCUGCUCAGUAUGACGAUGGGGUCUCUCGACCCAAUGGCUGGGACCGAAACACGCGCUUCAACAACUUUGUGCUCCCUCUGGUAAGGGAGGUCUCUAACCGUAUCCUGGCAACCAAUGACUCUGGUGUAGUGAGCGAUCGCGAGUUCACACACUUUGUCACCUUCUUUGGCCAGUGGAAUGACCAUGACAUGACGUUCACACCCUUCUCCCCCAGCAUCCGCUCCUUUAGCAACGGCCUGAACUGUAACGAGAAAUGUGAGCGCUCCGAGCCCUGUUUCCCCAUCCAGAUUCCUCCCAGAGACCCACGCUUGCCCACUGGCCCAGACAGCUGCAUCCCAGUCUUCAGAUCAGCGCCUGCAUGCGGCACAGGGGAGUCUGCUUUCAAUUUCGGUGGCGUGGCCACGAAGAGGGAGCAGAUCAAUUCCCUGACGGCCUUCCUUGACUUGGGGCAAGUGUACGGCUCUGAGGAUGGGCUGGCACGUGACCUCCGUGAACUCACCAACGAUGGUGGCCUGCUGCGUGUCAACAAAAACUUCACAGACAACGGGCGCGAGUUGCUACCCUUCACUAACUUGAAGGGGAACAUGUGUGCCACCCGCAGGAGAGUCACCAAUGACACCAAUGCCAAGGAAGUGCCCUGUUUCAUUGCAGGUGAUGCCCGUGUGGAUGAGAACAUAGCCUUAACAUCCAUUCACACGUUGUUCAUGCGUGAGCACAACCGUCUGGCCCGUGCCCUGAGUCGUCUCAAUCCACAAUGGGAUGCUGAGACACUCUAUCAGGAGGCUCGCAAGAUCAUGGGCGCCUACACCCAGCUGUUUGUGUUCCGGGACUACCUGCCGCACAUCGUGGGCCCAGACAUCAUGGCCCGGCAGCUGGGCCGUUACCCUGGAUACAACGAGAACGUUGAUCCCAGCAUUGCCAACGUGUUUGCUACAGCAGCUUACCGCUUUGCCCACCUGGCCAUCCAGCCCAUGCUGUCCCGCCUGGACAGCAACUACAGGGAGAAUACCAUGUUCCCCAGUGUGCCCCUGUUCAAGGCCUUCUUCACGCCCUGGAGGCUGGUGUUUGAGGGUGGUAUCGACCCUCUGAUCCGUGGUCUGGUGGGUCGCCCAGCCAAGCUGAACACCCAAGAUCACAUGUUGGUGGACGCUGUGAGGGAGAGACUCUUCCAGUUCGUAGAACACCUGGCUCUGGACCUGGGCUCCCUCAACAUGCAGCGUGGACGCGACCAUGGCCUGCCUGGCUACAAUGCUUGGCGUAAAUCCUGUGGGCUCUCAACGCCUUCAAACGAGGCUGAGCUGGGUGUAGUUCUGAACAACAGAGACCUGGCCCGCAGAUUGCUGCAGCUCUACGGCACCCCAGCUAACAUUGACGUGUGGAUGGGGGGCGUGGCUGAACCAUUUGUAGUCAGGGGCCGAGUCGGACCUCUCUUUGCCUGCCUCAUCGCCACCCAGUUCCAGAGGAUCCGCCAGGGAGACAGGCUGUGGUAUGAAAACACAGGUGUCUUCACCUCAGCACAGAGGGAUAGCCUGAGUCGUGCCUCUCUGGCUCGGAUCAUCUGUGACAACACUGGCAUUUCGACCGUGCCCCUUGACGCCUUCAGCAUCCCCAAUAAUGGGAACAACAGACUCACCAACUGCAACCGUAUCCCGCAAUUAAACCUCCAAGCCUGGAGGGAGAGACCUACAAUGGCCAAACAGCAGAACCACGACCAGGACAAGAACCAGCAGGAGGAUCAGAAUCAGGAGCAACAACAACAGGACCAGGACAAUGAGAUCCCCCUGAUUUGAGGCCUCCUUGACCCCCAGGACCCAGCAGCAACACCACCCUGCAGUUCUCCAUCAUAGCACACGUUCAAAAUUCACGAUGCCACUUUGGAACCAGGACUUAAGGGUGUUGUAAUUAAACGCUGGAGGUAAUGUGGGGUUGUUCCAAAUAGGGGUGCCUGGCGAUAUCGUUUUCAUUGCAUAAAAAAUAUAUAUAUUUGCAUUCUGAUAUUUUGUUAUGCCUUUGUUACUGUGACUUUGUAUAUGUUGUUUACUCAUUCUGUGUCAAAAAAUCAAGGAGUACUGUGUGAAUUUUAAUGCAUUGAUUUGUGCAAAGGAAUGCAAAAGACAAAUUAUAGAGUAAAUGUAUAAAUAAACAAAAAGGAAAACUACUGCUGAAUUCCUCUAUACGCAUCUUACCUCGAACAUAUUCAUUUGCACUGAACAUGUAGGACUACCGUAAAUAGCUAAUAGUUCUAGUAACAUAUUUUGUAUAAUUAGCUUAUUAUAAACAAUCUUAACAUUGUUAGUUGAGAUGUUCAAGUCAGUUAUCAAUGUUUUAUAUAUACAGCAUAUAUAAUGAAAAAAACAAAAUAUUAUAUAACACAACUACAGAAAUUAAGAUUAUGCACACUUCCUGAAUGUUGUGCUUAUUUAAAUGUGUACUGCACCUGUAACCUAUUUUCUUUACUGCUUUUUAUGGUUUAUUUGACUAAUAUUACAUUUUAUUGAAACCCUGUA